AUGAUUUUGCUCACAUGGAAUAUUGGAGGGCUUGAGAAGGCUGGGAAACGUCGAAAGAUGAAGGAGGUGCUCAAUGAAAGGAAAGUGGAUAUGGUGUUUCUUCAGGAGACCAAGAGAGCAGAAAUUUCGGAGGAAUUACUGUGGUCAUUAUGGCCAGGGGUGGAGAUGGACUUCGUGGUGGUGGCUUUAGAUGGGUCAUCUGCUGGCCUGUUGUGCAUAUGGAAGCCAUCAGCUUUUGAAUUGUCAAGAUGCUGCUGCAACCGGAAUUUCAUCUUGUUGUCAGGGGGGGAUUUUAACGAGAUUAGGAAUAUUGGCGAAAGGAAAGGAUGUUCUAGAGGGGAGAGGGGUAUGAAGAAUUUCAAUGAUUUCAUAUAUCGGAUGGAGGUUACUGAAUUAGAUAUGCUUGGAAGGAAGUAUAUUUGGUGUAAUGUUGCAGAGGGAGAAAAGUGGAGCAAAAUUGAUAGGUUCCUUUUGUCCCCUAAGUGGUUGUUAAUGUUUAAGUUCAAAGUUUGGGGGUUUCCUAGAAGAGUCUCUGGUCAUUGCCUAGUGGUUCUAAUGGAGGAUACAAGAGAUUGGGAUCCAAGAUCGUUUAGGUUCAUUAACGCUUGGGUUUUGCAUCCUCAGUUCAUCUCUAUAGUUAAGAAAGCCUGGGAGGAAACAGUGGUAUCAAGUUGGGCUAGGUAUAAAAUUUUUCCCAAAUUAAAAGCAGUCAAGGCAUCUUUGAAGCAAUGGAAUAUGGAAGUGUCUGGCGAUGUUAAUCAUAAGCUGAAAGUCUCUGAGGAUGAAUUAUAUGAGCUGGAUCCGAUUGCUAAAAGCAGAGACCUUGAUGAUGGUGAGUUAGUAAGAAGAAGGGAGCUUAGAGAGGAAGUGCUAAAGUGGAGUAAGAGAAAGGAAUGGUUGUGGCUUCAAAAGUCGCGAUUGUCAUGGACAUUGAACGGGGAUAAAAAUACCAAGUUCUUUCAUUCCAUCGCAUCUGGUCGUCAAAAUAAGAAUUCGUUAAAUUCAUUGACUGUUAAUGGAAAUGUGAUUGAGGAUCCAGUGAUUAUUAAGGAAGAAGUUUAUAGACACUUCAGAUGUUUAUUCUUAGAAACUUGGAAGGUCAGGCCUAAGCUUGGAGGAGUCUUUAAAUCAAUUGGGAGUAAUGAUAAGGUUGAGUUGGAAGCUGCCUUCUCUGAAACUGAAAUAUGA